GCCGGCGCGGGCGGGUAAUCCCGAGCGGGCUGUGGGGCCACCACCCCCUACCCGACCCAGCCCAAGCUUGUCCGGCGAGGCCAGCCCGGCAUGCCCCCUCGGCGCCCAGUCCUAUCGGGGCCAAUCUCUGCCGAGAGACCGCACCUGGACGCCGGGUGUUCAUAAGAAUGGAAGCCGUGUUUCUUUGCCAGAUUCCUUAUUGCUCUAUCUCAUGAACCUACAUAAUCCUGAGGAAGAGCCUAUAUGUAAGGAUGACAAACCUGUCACCAGUGUAACAACAGCAGAGUGAGAGCAAAAGCGAAUAAAAAUAAACAAGUGUUUAAAUUUAUAGUCAACAAGGAAGUCAUUUCAGUCCACAACUUCGGCUGCGUUGUUUUUCCAAGAUGAAUCGAUACACGACCAUGAGGCAGCUGGGGGACGGCACCUAUGGGAGUGUGCUCAUGGGCAAGAGUAACGAGUCUGGGGAGCUGGUGGCCAUCAAAAGGAUGAAGAGAAAGUUCUAUUCUUGGGAUGAAUGUAUGAACUUGAGAGAAGUAAAGUCUCUGAAGAAACUUAAUCAUGCCAAUGUGAUUAAACUGAAAGAAGUUAUCAGAGAAAAUGACCAUCUUUAUUUUAUAUUUGAAUAUAUGAAGGAAAACCUCUAUCAAUUAAUGAAAGACAGAAACAAAUUGUUCCCUGAGUCAGUCAUCAGAAAUAUCAUGUAUCAGAUAUUGCAAGGGCUGGCGUUUAUCCACAAACAUGGGUUUUUUCAUAGGGACAUGAAACCAGAAAAUUUGCUUUGUAUGGGCCCAGAACUUGUGAAAAUUGCUGAUUUUGGACUUGCAAGAGAAUUAAGGUCACAGCCACCAUAUACUGAUUAUGUGUCUACCAGAUGGUAUCGAGCUCCUGAAGUUUUACUAAGAUCUUCGGUAUACAGUUCUCCCAUUGACGUGUGGGCGGUGGGAAGCAUCAUGGCUGAACUCUAUACCCUAAGACCACUGUUCCCAGGGACAAGUGAAGUUGAUGAAAUCUUCAAAAUCUGCCAAGUGUUAGGGACUCCCAAGAAAAGUGACUGGCCAGAAGGAUACCAGCUUGCAUCCUCUAUGAAUUUCCGCUUUCCUCAGUGUGUUCCUAUAAACUUAAAAACUCUUAUUCCCAAUGCCAGUAAUGAAGCCAUUCAGCUAAUGACUGAAAUGUUGAACUGGGAUCCGAAGAAACGACCAACAGCAAGCCAGGCAUUGAAACAUCCAUAUUUUCAAGUUGGACAGGUGUUAGGCCCUUCCUCACAUCAUCCGGAAUUGAAACAGACUUUAAAUAAGCAGCCGCAGCCACUAGAAUCCAAGCCAUCUCUAGUUGACCUAGACCCCAAGCUUCUGCCAGACAUAACCGACCAGACUGUCGGACAGCCCCAGCCAAAGCACAACCACCUACCACUGCAGUCCAUUCAGCCGCCACAAGACGUGAACCUCCAGCAACCUCCAAAGCAAGAGAGUCAACCGAGACCGCCGCAAACGCUGUUUCCAAGUAUCGUCAAAAGCCUCCCAGCUAAGCCAAAUGGUACACUGGCUCAUAAAAGCGCUAGAAGGCGUUGGGGUCAGACUAUCCUCAAGGCUGGAGACAGCUGGGAAGAGUUUGAGGACUGUGAUUUUGGAGCCUCCCAUUCCAAGAAGCCAAGUAUGGGUGCUUUCAAAGAAAAGAGGAAAAAAGAUUCUCCACUUCGGUUCCCAGAGGCGGUACCCGCAGGCUCCAACCUCCUGACAGAGGAAAACAAGAGCUUACCUGCCACUGUUGCCCUAAAAUCUGAUUCUGAAUUGUCAGCUGCGUCAGUGGCUAAACAGUACUACUUGAAACAAUCCAGAUACCUUCCAGGUGUGAAUCCCAAGAAUGUGUCCUUCGUAGCUAGUGGAAAGAAUAUAAACCCAUAUGCUUGGAAUAAUCAGCUAUUUCCUAAGUCUUUGGGACCCAUUGGGGCCGAAUAUGCUUUCAAAAGGAGUAAUGCAGAAGAAAGCAUAAUUAAGCCAAUUGAAAAACUAUCAUGCAAUGAAAGUUUUCCUGAAAAAUUAGAGGAGCCACAAGGAAAUCUUGGAAGUUACUCCACUUACAAUCAAUCAGGAUCUGUUCCUUCCUUUCUCAAAAAAGAAGUGGGGUCAACUGGCCAGAGGAUCCACUUAGCACCUCUCGGUGCGACAGCCUCAGAAUAUACCUGGAACACGAAACCUGGCCGGGGGCCAUUUUCAGGACCUACCUACAAUCCUACAGCAAAAACCCUAAAUAUCUUGAAUCGUGCACAGCCAGUACCCUCAGUGCACGGGAGGACAGAUUGGGUGGCCAAGUACGGAGGCCAUCGGUAGGCCCUCUGGUGGGAACCGGCAGCACUGCUCCACAGAGUUAUGUACAAGUCCCCGACCCUGGGAAAUGUCUACAGAUGUCUAUUUCUACUGCGUUCUGGAAGAAAUAUGCAAUAAUGGGUACUUCAAAGAGCAAGAAUCAUCUCCUAUUUUCUUUCCUAGAAACGAAAUGCAUUUUCUUAGCAUCGUUGCCCACAAUACCGAUAUGUGGGUAGGACUUUACAAAGUAUUGAAUAAACUAUUUGCCAAAGUAUCAAGUAUUUGAUCUACAAAUUAAUAGACAGUAAGUACAAUACGAAGCUUUUAUAAAAAAGAUGCCUGCAGAAAAUACGUGUUUUGAGUGUUGGUUUUCCUUUGUUGUUUUGGCCUAAACAAUUUGACAUUUCAGCACUUUGCAAAUUCAGCUGAGGUUUUUUAUUUUGUUUUCUCCUAGCAGUGAGGCCGACUGCUGUGAGCUGUCAUUUUGGGUCUUACUUGGCUCUUGCUCUGCUCUCCCACUUCGGCAAUGGCAGAAGGACUGUAAUUAUCUUUUCUUUUUUUUUUUUUUUCUACUUCGACACUAUGAGCUCAACAGCAAUUCCAAUCUUGAGCAGUAUGUCUUCCUUAGAAGUAAAUUUACAUUUAACAUAGAAAAUGUCAAAACUAUGCCACCAGAUUGUAAUGGACAAAAAGUCCAUGGUUCAAACUUGACCAACACAAGGGCUGCGAGUUCGUGGCGUGUCGGACCCAGUGGCUUAAUGACUUCACAUUGAACACGUCGAAGUUCUCUCGUCAUCAAGAGAGUUUUUGAAACUGUUUGAUGCUUGUUCAUCUGACUUGCAGAAUACUUUGUUUCCAUGUUCCUAACACAGGCAAAGAUGAAGUGUGCCAGCUGGUCCCCAAAGCCAGCUUUUGUGGCUGCAAGCCACUGACUCAGCUUUGACCUUCACAUUCACUGGACAGAGCAGAUGCAUUCAGUUGCCAUAGCAGUGGUGUCACUUAGUACGACCUUUUCCCUUAGUUUUAUUCUCAAACUGGUAUUUAAUACAGACUUUUUGAACUUAGGGGGGCUACUCUAUUUAAACCUGCCACUUACGGAGUGGACAUUAGUACUGUAUCCUUUCUAAAAAUAAUGUUAUCAGCUGCUGAUAUUUUUAUGUAUUUUAUGGCUUUGUAACAAAUGUUAAUGUAACUGGUAUAAUCUUGUGGGCAUUAUUCAAAGGCUUAUUAUAAAAUAAUGAUAUUUUUGUAUAGAAGAUUCAGAUGUUCAGGUUUCACAUGCUGAAAAUCUAAAGGGCAACAUACUGUUGGUAAAGGUUAUGUGUAUUUGUACAAUUUUAAUGUCCCAAUGCUAAUAAAAAUUGUGUUUCUAAGAAACUUAAACUCUGAAUAGAUAUUUCAAAUAAAUAUGGUUAACUAGAGUUUUUCUUUUUUUUUUACAUUUUUAAACUUAUACCCUGAGACCUAAAUGUUGUUUUUAUUAGUAACCUUUUGGGGGGCAGUUUUAUUUAUAGAAAUAUUUAUCAGAGAGUAUAAGGGAGUGCCCAUGUAUCCCCUCCUCCUCCUCCUGUCUCCAAUAUGCCCUAGGAACACCUGUGUCACUGUGGUACAUUACAGCUGAUGGGCCAGUAUUUAUACAAUAAUUGAAAUCCAUAUUUACAUUAGAGUUUGCUCUUUGUGUUGUAUGUUCUUAAGUCUUGACAAAAUGUAUAAUGAUAUGUAUCCACCAUUACAGCAUCAUGCAGAAUAGCUUACUGCCCUAAAAACUCCCAUGUUCUACCCAUUCACUCCCAUGUUCUACCCAACUCCCCCCAAAUUCCUAGCAAUUACUGAUCUAUUUAUUGUCUCUAGUAAUCAUUCCAUUUCCAGAAUGUCAUACCACUGGAAUCAUAUAUUAUGUUACCUUUUUCAGAUCAGCUUCUUUCACUUGGCAAUAUGCAUAUAAAUUUGCUCUGUGGUUUUUCUUAGCUUGCAGGCUUAUUUCUGCUUAUCACUGAAUAAUAUUUCAUUGAACAAAUGUACCAUAGUUUAUCUAUUCACCUACUGGAGGAUAUCUUGGUUGCUUCCAAAUUUGGGCAAUUUUGAAUAAAGCUGCUGUAAAUACUUAAGUGUAUAUUUUUGUGUGGCCAUCCUUUUUCAGCUCAUUGGGAGAAAUACCACAGAGCAUGAGAGAGUAUGUUUAGUUUUGUAAUAAACUGUUAAACUGUCUUCCAAUGUCAAUGACUGUGACAUUCUGCAUUUCCACUAGCCAUGAGUGAGUGUUCCUGUUGUUCCACAUCCUUGACAGCAUUUGGUGGUGUUGGUAUUCUAGAUUUUGGUAAUUCUAAUAGGUAUACAGUGGUGUUCCAUUGUUAUCUUAAUUU